GAGUUUAUAUUCGUCAGUAUUCGAUAUAUCGAUGGUGAAAUGAAAAAUGGUAAAUGACGAAGUAGUGGAAUUUAACAAGAAACCACAACCAGUUUUUAAGAAUCCAAUUUUCCAACAGAAAUUUCGAUCUACCAGUACCACUGGAAAAAAACGAACUUGGCGUUCUUUAAAGCAAGUUUUAGCUCAAGAACGCACUUUACCAUGGCCAGCAGAAGUGGUGCAUUAUAGCUCUAUUAAUGCACCGCCAAGUUUCAGACCAGCGAAAAAGUAUUCGGAUAUUUCUGGACUACCUGCACGAUAUACAGAUCCACAGACUAAAUUAUACUAUGCAACCGCAGAAGAAUUUGCAACAGUCCGAAGUCUACCGAUGGAUAUAACUGCUGGAUAUCUAGCGUUACGCGGCGCUUCCAGUAUUGUUGGAUAAAUGAAGAUAACCAAGAAUAAUUCCGAAAAUGAUUUAUGAUGCAGCAA